CCAGGCUUAAGCAGCUUUACUGAACCUGCGUCAGCUUAAGCUGAAAGGAAUUUCAGCAAAGCCCUCCCCGGUAGGCGUGGGCCUAAUCGAGGCUGGCCUAGUUAAGCCUGAUUCUUUUUCUUAACGUCCCUGUGUGUGUAUGUGUGUGUGAGUGAGUGGAGAGUGUGUGUGUUGUGUAACAGAACCAAGCAGUGCACUGGGGCUGCUUGCACAUGUGUGAGUGUUCUCAGGAGAGAAAAGACAGAUAGAUAUACAUAAAAAGAGGGAGAAAGAGGGAGAAGGCUAGAAGGAAAAGGCAGAGGGAAAAGAAGCAGAGCCUAGAGCAGCCAAGACCAGCUUAGAGCCAAGAUGUCUGCUUUGUUCAUGACAAGCAGCAUGGUUGGGAAGGCGCGCUCCUCAAACUUCACUCUGUCCGAGAAGCUGGACCUGCUGCGCCUGGUCCAGCCCCACAUCCGCAUUUUGGAGGAGCACACCAACAAGCACGCCGUGAUCGUGGACAAGAACCGGUGCUGGGAGAGCAUAGCCGAGCGCUACAACAGCCUGGGGGGAGAGAGGCCGCCCAGGACGGCUCAGGGGCUUCGGACCCUCUACAAGCGACUUAAGGAGAGUGCCAAACAGGAAGUGGUUCAGCGGAGCCACGCCCAGCCGGAAUACAGGGGCAGCAUCUCAGAGCCAACCAAGCGCAUCAUGGAGAUGAUCCCACAUCUGUUUCAUGCAGCAGACAAAGAGCACAACACUCUCCACAGGUUGCAGUAUAAGAUGAGCUCUCCGAUAGAGCAACCUGGCAGCAGUUCCUCUCUGCCUGCCAUGACUGAUUACACACCAGUCACCAUGGCGGUGAGGGUGGAGUCAGAAGACGUCAAACCGCCGCCUGAUCUCCAGAUGCAUGUCUCGCAUGGUUCGCCUGUUACAAUAACAACCCCACACAGUCAAGACCACACCGGACCGACAGAGAACGAGGUAGAGGAGGAAGACGAAGAAGAAGAACUCGUCUCGCACGUCUACGCGGCCUCCCUUUCUCCCUGCCCGUCGUCUGUUCACCUCCCACCGUCACCUUCAGCAGCUGCCCCGAGGCGGAAUCUCUAUCAAAGGGCAGGAGUUUCGCUCAGAAACCCCGUUUUGGAAGCAGAGUCGUUGCAGAUGAUGCGUGAAGAACAUGAGCUUCUCCUGGCCAAUCACAGGAAGCUCGGGCUGUAUCUGGAGGAGAAGAGGGAGGGACUAAAAAGAAAGCAACAGUUAGAGGAGGAGCUUCUGAGGUCAAAGGUCAAAGUGGAGAAACUGAGGGCAGCUCGACUGAGGCAUGGACUGCCACUAAUAUGACGAACACACAAAACGUAGCGCAAAGGGAAUGAAUGCUGCGGACGCAUGUCAUGAAAUGACACACAGUCUUGUGCUCCAGUUAACAGACUAUUGCCACUGUACAGUUUUUCAUACUGCUUUUUUCUUUUUACAUGAUGAACUUGUUUUUAGCAGAAAUAAAUUCAUUCCUAUGUGUCUAAGAAUACA